UCUUGUCUUUCUUGUUCUUGCAGUUCUGCUCUUCUAUAUUUACCAGCCAUUAUCCCUAUCUUCUUCAAACAAAAUGGCUCAAGAAAAGCCCAACUCUGUUUAUGAUUUCACUGUCAAGGAUAUCCGCGGAAAUGAUGUGAGUUUGAGUGAAUACCGUGGGAAGGUUGUUCUGAUUGUGAAUGUUGCUUCCAAAUGUGGCUUGACACAGUCAAACUACAAGGAAUUGAACGUCUUGUAUGAGAAGUAUAAAAGCCAAGGCUUUGAGAUCUUGGCAUUUCCCUGCAACCAGUUUGCCGGACAAGAACCGGGAGACAGUGAUAAGAUUCAAGAAACUGCUUGCACAUUGUUCAAAGCUGAAUUCCCAAUUUUUGAUAAGAUUGAGGUGAAUGGGAAAAACUCUGCACCCCUCUACAAGUACCUAAAAUCUGAAAAGGGUGGGAUUUUUGGAGAUGCCAUAAAGUGGAAUUUCACCAAAUUUUUAGUGAACAAGGAGGGGAAGACCGUGGAGCGAUAUGCUCCUACUACAUCUCCCCUUAAAAUUGAGAAGGACAUACAGAAUCUGUUGGGAUCUUCUUAACUCUUAAGGAUCCAAGAUCGAAAUCGUUUAUGCUUUAAUUACUAAAAGUAUUUCAGUAGUGUAAUAUUAUGCAGUACGUUAAUUGAGAAUAUUGUGUUUGUGGAUUUGAAUGAUGAAUUCAUAUGAAUAAGUUGCUUGAUUUAUCAGCA